AUGUCUCCUUUACACUGCUUUGUUAUAGUCAUUUAUAUUCGCGUCGUUGAUUCGUAUAACACGUUUAAAUCUAAAAAUGUUACCAAUGAAGCAAUUAGAUUUGACGACCCUCACCGACCAACGUUGGCCUAUCCAACAUCUCUGGCGUUUCUGUUUAUAUUUACAACGAUUCUUAUUGGUGUAUUAAUAAGGACGAUAAUGCUGUGGACGAAUAUGUGUAUUCCGUAUCGAGUUGUGAUGUUCUCUCUGGGAGGAAUUGCAGGAUUUUGCGCCAAUGUUUACCCAUCGUUUAAACCAAUAGUCCAAAUAUGUUACAUCGACGUAGACUUGAUGCUGUUAAUAUUUCUACCGAUAAUAGUCUUCUAUACGUCUUAUAGUGUGGACUCGCAUUCGUUUUGGAAGUGUUUUCCUCAAAUAUUGCUCGUUGGCGUACCGGGUGCUUUGAUGACGGCUUUAAUGGCGGCUUUCAUGGCUUAUAACCUGAUCGAACCGUCCUGGAAUUUCCCUACUGCCUUUUUAUUUGGAGUGAUCUGCUCACCAAUAUAUCCAAUGGAAGUUGUUAAACAGUUGAAAGAAAUGUCCAAAGGGAAAUAUAUCGGGGUACUUUUGUUGGGGGAAGGUUUGAUAGGAGAUGCUACAGCCAUGAUUGAAUUUACAGCGGUUUUCGGUUACUUAGCAUUGGCUUUGACAGAAGCUUCUCAAAUAUCCUUAUUGCUGCUUCGCUUCGCCGGGGGAGGGGUUUUACUUGGUUUAGUAAUGGGCGAGAUAACUGCUACUUUGUUAUCUAUAACGUAUUAUGACUUACUUUGUGUGGUAACUGUGACGCUGGCAGGGGCCUACCUUACGUUCUACAUCGGCGAGAAGUAUUUCUAUGUCUCUGGUUUAUUAGGUACGGUCAUAGCUGGAGUGAUGGUUAGUAAACGAAAGUCAACAGUUUCUGGUGAUGUUGAACAUAUAGUUUCACAUUUCUGGAAUAUUUUAUCUCAUCUCGCCAAUACGCUGGUAUUCACAAUGGUCGGUGUGGUCAUAUUUGAAAAGUUAAGCUAUGUGAUCAGCGUUCGUCAAGUGUCGUUAAUUUUCGUCACGUAUACAACUGUGUUCUUCUCGAGAUUACUGGUGUAUUCGAUAAUGACUCCUAUUUUAAGGCAUAUAGGGUAUGGAAUAUCCUGGCAACAUUCGAUGGCUUGUGUGUGGGGAGGGCUGAGAGGUCCGUUGUCGCUUUGCUUAGCGUUGAUUGUUCUCCAAAAUCCUGUUGUCGCUGAUGCUGGUGAGAUAUUUAUAAUUCAAACAGCAGGCUUAGUUAUAUUAUCUUUAAUUGUGAACGCAACGUCAAUGCAAAAAGUUCUGAAAGUAUUGGGGCUAGCUGAAAUAUCGCUCGCUAAGAAAGCCAACAUGACAAACAGUGUAAAGCGCAUCAUGGCCACAAGAGAUCGUUGUAUCUCCAUGCUGAAAAUGGACAAGUUCCUCACUGAUGCUAAUUGGGAUCUCGUGCAAGCAGGUACAACGAUCAAGCAUCCGUACCAGAUUCAGAUGUCACGUGAUGAAGACAGCGAAGACGAUACUUACAUGGGCUACCGCUACACCACCUGUCCCGACUGCGAGAGAGAAAUACCUAACGAACCGACGAAGAAGGAGUUUGCGGAAAUGAUGAGGGAAGCAAACCAACGUGUACUUAAAGCCCUGAAAAUCUCUUAUUGGCGUCAGUACGAGCACGGUAAGAUAAGUAAGGAUGGUGUGAGAACACUCGUUCAGGCGGUGGAGAUAGCCGCUGACGCUGAUGAUGGAAGGAUUAACUUGGAACAGUUGGGCACAUUGUGGAAACCUAAGGCCCACGCGGUCUGGCUACGACAUAAGCUGGUGGACAUGAUGAUGCCUGAACAAGCGAGUGCUCAAAUCCCGCGACACCAAUGGCGUCAGUGGUGCUACAGGCUUGUCUCAAACAUUUGGUUCGAUGGCUUCAUAUAUAUGAUGAUACUGUGUAACACGCCGGUCAUAUUGUGCGAAGUUAUGUUGAAGGCGCCGGUCUCUUCCGGUAUUGUAUAUGCCAUUAAGGCGCUCAACUUAUUCUUUUACAUAAUAUAUGUAAUUGAAAUGAUUGUUAAAAUGCUGGCUCUAACCGUUCGUGGAUAUUUCAAAUCGCAUUGGAAUAAGUUGGACUUCUUCAUAAUUCUUAUGGCAACGGCGGAUUUAAUCCUGGAUAUAAUAGAUGCAGUAACAGCCUGGGAUAAGUGGAACAACUCCAACUCCAGCGUGCUCACUGCGACGAAAUUGUUGAGGAUGCUGAGAUUUAUUAGGCUGUGUAAGCUGGCCAGAGUAUCAAUUCCUAAAGUAAUGGCUUAUAUAGAUAGAAUGAUCGAUAUACAAUUGGCGUUCGGAUAUGACGUUGGAAAGGGUUUUGUAACGGGUGAGCAGGAGGUCUGCAACCUCCUCCCACAGUUGGUGGACAACAAACAAAUACAGGAAACCUUGUAUAACAGACUAGAAGGGGAUAGAUUGACUGUGACCCGUCAGCUGGGAUUGUUGCAAAGAGACCGUCCGUGGACUGCCAUUACCGUCAAGACGAGGCAGGCUACCACUUCAACGUUAAACAUUAUAUUGCUGGAUGCGAUGCAGCUCAAAGAAGAAGGUUUCCUAGACGAAGUGGAAUAUCGCCUGCUAGUUAAUGCUAUAGAGGACAAAGUUCAACUGUGUCGUCACAAAGGCAGCCUAGUGGCCCCCUCUUCCCCGGAAACUCAACUCCGCGCCGUGUCCUGGCUCCAAGGUAAUGAAAGGGUCGCGGAUUUUUUCAUAGAAAAUUCAGAGAUUCACAACUACAAUUUUAACGACAUACUUGUAUCGCGGGGUGAUCAACCGAGGGGCCUGUACAUCCUAGUAUCGGGGCUCUGUGAAGCGAGCUACAUACCCCCCGAGGGAGAUAUGGACGAAAGCUUACCAAAUUACGAAUUCAGAACCGAUCUGAAGUUUGCGGAACCCAGUAAAGAUUAUAUUGUAUCGGGGAAUGCGAUUGGAGUCUUAGGGGUGCUCACGAAUCGUCCGUACAGCUACACGGUGCGCUGCGACUCGGCCGUCCAGUCUUAUUACAUCACGAUGCCAAUAGUUAAAGAAGCUUUCAACCUCGCACCACAUCCUAUAAUGGGUUUGGAAGCAGCAAUGUGGCGUGAGAUUGGCAUCAAAUUGUCAGUGAUGAUAUUACCCACAGUGCCAGCUUAUCACGGCUGGUCGAUAGAAAAGAUUAGUAUGCGUCUGGAAAACGCUUUCGUGCCGUGCCUUAAAGCUUUUAAGAUAUUUAUUGUAAACGAGCUCAUGGAAGACAUUAUUCUGCUGGACGGCAUCUGCCAGGACACGGCCACCAGAGAAGUGUUCCAACCACCUUGCUAUAUCCCAAGGACAGUACAUCGUCUGAUAUUUCCGAAAUCAUCGCAAAUGGUGGUGAGUGGGUCUUGCCCCGAGACGAAGCUGUUGAUAGUCCCCGCCAAAGACACAGAUGAGCUCGAUAUAAUGGAAGAUGAGAUAGAUGAUCUGCAAUGUGAACUUGUGUCGAGCGUGUCGUCGCGCUGCCUGUACCACCGCGCGGCGCGCAAGCUGUCGGCCGAGUCGCGCGGCAAGAGCGCCGUGCGCCUGCGCGCCAAGCGCCGCCGCGCCCCGCGCCGCGUCAACUACCGCGACUCCGUGUGGGGGAACAAGAUCUCAUCAGCGACUGUCACGGUACCGUCGAUGGCCGGCUCUCAGAGUGAAAAGGAAAUAAGCUCUAAAUAUUAUAAACCGAGCUUCGUCGAUAUGCCAGAAAAAUUGGAAUCUACAAAACCAAAAAGUGAGUACAAAAUGAGAUAUUAG